AGUUAAUAGCGUUUCCAAGAGCAACGUCAAGGGGAAGAAGACGCCAAAUGUGUAUUACCAAGGCCUGCAUUAAUUAAACUAGUAGUGAAUACACAAUUACGCCGAACGGAAGGCGGCUUAUAUAGCAAGUUUGAACAUUGAACAUCUUUAACAUGUUGGGAAAUAAGGCUGCCACCACGAUUGGACCCGAAUCAUGGAGAAAUUCAACACUCAAAGGAAUUAAACUAUCACAAACAAUAGUUCAGAAGAGUGAUAAAAGUUGUGAUGUUGGAAGAUCACUGGAUCCCCUUCCUCACCUAAGAGACACAGUUGCACAGCUAAGUAAUGACGAGAUUCACAGAUACACAAGAGAAGUCAGGGUUAUUGUAGCUAAACUUCGUGAAAGUUUACUAGACACAAACGAAGAAAUAAAAGCUCUCACCAGAGGAAAGGAGGCUUUGGAGAAGGCUCUGGAACACACAAGAAAAGAUAUUGCUCUGAAUAAAGACAGCCAAGAAAUAAGAGUCUCCAGACCGUCCAGAGAAAGGGAGCAUGAUGGUGCUGACGACUUGCUGAACGCUGAGCGGGCCCAUCUGUUGAACUGUAAGAAAGCCCUGGAAGCCCAGCUGCGCUCCGUCCAACAACAGCUGCAGGUCCUAGAUGCAGCCAGACGUCGGCUCUUUAACGUUCUGAAUGAGCGAUCCCGAGUGAUGGACCUCUUGAACCACGCCCUCUCAGCUGCUAACGCCGGCAGUCAGAGCGCCCCCAUUGGGGUGGGGCGAAGCCGUACCUCAAUGGAUGGUCGGCUGUCUAGGUUACAAGACAUGUCAGGUAAACUAGGAUUCAUGUCCCUAGGUCAGCCCGACCCCCUGGGUCCAUACACCCCUGAAGCUGACCAAGCUUUGGUGGACGCUGAGGAGGCAAGAGCCAGAUCUGCAUACCUGAGGCGAGAGUUGAAGGAUGCCAUAGAUAGAACGGAGAAACUCCAGAAAGCCGCUCACAAAUCUGUCAAUGACGGAAUCACACAGAAAGUGGCCGAAACCAUCACCCUCAAGCAACACCUUGGGGUUGGCUUGGGAGAGAAUCGUCAUGGUAUCCACCGUGCACAGAGAUGGUACGAUGCCACCGACAAAGCUAGAGGAUACACAAUGGGUCCAGUUGCUUAUUCUGAUAUUGCAACACGUGAGCGUUUGGAUCGUCCAAUGGUCAAAGUGUUCCAGAGACACCCAGGAACUCAGCUGCCAGAGGCCCAGGAAAUUAUCAGGAGUGGAGAUGGUCUGCUUCAGUCACUGUCUGCUACCAGCCGUAACAUCGGGCUCCUCAAGUUGUCUCAGCUCCGCCUCAGGAAUGACAUCAAAGGAAAAGGCCUCGCCUCUUCUGUCGACAGCAGUAUUAUUCGGCUCCGUCGUAGAAAGUCUGACCACAGAUGGACUCUGGGAGAAGCAUUCUAACAAUUGGACUUUGUGUGAUCAUGAAUCUUUUGAAGAACUUUGGCAUCUUAAUGUUUUUUCAGCAAUCUUCAUGCAAAUUACUUUUUAUUUCAGUAUUUACACUGAAAUUGAUUUUGAUCAUGUGCACCUUUGACUUUAAAAAAAAUUAUUGAUAUUGUCUGCCUAGCUUAUGUGAUCUGAAAAAGCAAGCACAAGUUGUGAAAAUGCCAGUGCUUUUGUUGUUUUAAACAUGUUUGUUAAUGUUAAUUUAAGUAAAUUUGUAUUUAUACAUAGUGAUCAUGUUUGCUUGUAGCAAAAAGCCAAUUAGAAAUCAGUAUUAUAUGUAACACUUGUGAAGCUGCUUUAUUUUGGCAUGUGUAUCCCAGGUAGAUUUUCAUAGAAUAUAUCUGCCGUAGAUCUUCUCAUGUUUUGAGACUUUGUUGAGAAGAAACAACAGCAUCCUCAAUUGUUCAAUGCUGAGCAUUUAGUGGGUUCUCUCCCUCUCUACUUUUUUUU